GUAGUAUAAAAAAGAUAGCGGCAUAAAUCAGCAGAGAUAGUUACGUACCGCAAUUUGUUUAUAGUUCUAAAAAAUUAUUAAACCAAUUAAAAUGGCCGAAUUAGCUGUACCGAAAAUUGAAAAACUUGACGAAUUAAUAAGCGACCAUAUAGGCAGGGAUAAAAAAGUAAUUGAUUCAAAAAUCACAAGGCUCACAGCACCUGGAGAUAACUUCGGGAGUGAGAUGUUAAAAGUCGAUCUUCGUCUUAAAUCUACUGACGGCAAAGAGGAAGAUUUACACGUUGUUGCGAAACUAAUUCCAGAAAACGAAUUUGCCCGCGCAAUUUUUAAUGUAGAUGUGUCAUUUAAUGUAGAAAAAGGAUUUUACAACAUCAUCGUACCCACAUUGCAAGAUUUUCAACGAAAACAAGGGAUUACUAAAGUUAUAGAUUGUUUUCCAAGAUUAUAUGGUGCCAGGAAUAAUUUAGGGAAUAAUGGAGAAAAGGUUGAUAACAAUGCAGCACUCAUCUUGGAAAACUUAAAAAGUCAAGGUUUCGACAAUAUUGAUCGGUUCCAAGGCUUUGACCUGGCAACCGCCAAGAUGAUCCUAAAAAGUCUUGCAGAGUUUCAUGCCAUACCAGUUGCAAUAAAACAAAGGAUAAUAAGACUUUCGAAAAGAACAUUAAAGCGUAUAUUAUUAUGUGACGAGUUUCGUGAACCAUUUGCUACCAUAACACAUAGAGAUUUAUGGGUGAACAACAUUAUGGUUAAACAAGUUGAAAAUACCACAAAAGAAGUUAAGAUUGUAGAUUUUCAACUGUACAGUUAUGACUCACCUGCUGCAGACAUAUUUUUCUUCGUAUUCUCAAGCGUCAAUUUUGAUGUUUUAAGAAAUCACGUGGAUGAUCUCUUCAAAUAUUUACCAACAACCACUUCCAAAAAACAUUGA